CGGUGCAGGUUAAUGUGUCGUUCUGUGUCCAUAUUUACAGUUUUCUGCCGCAUAAACUUUCUUACAUAGAAUAAAGGAGGACUCUGUUUACAGAACACAUAAGCUUUUGGGGUUAGUUUGAAGUCAACACGACUCUCAUUUCGGAUAUUCAAAGGAUUUUAUCAUAAACGAAAGAAUGUCUUUCCGAGGUAGAGGUGGUGGCGGCGGUGGAUUUGGUGGUCGCAACAGUUUUGGCGGCGGAGGCGGCGGCAAUAGGAACUUCGGUGGUGGUGGUGGCCGCGGAUUCGGUGGCAGAGGAGGCGGCGGAGGCCGUGGAGGUGGCAGAAAUUUUGACCAAGGUCCACCGGAACGAGUCAUUCCCUUAGGCUACUACAACUAUCCCUGUCAAGAUGAACUUGUGUGCAAAGUGGAAAUUGAGGAUGUACCUUUCUUCAACGCCCCCAUUUAUCUGGAGAACAUGGAACAGAUUGGAAAAAUUGACGAAAUCUUCGGAAAUAUUAGAGACUAUUCGGUGACCGUGCGGUUAAGUGACGACGUUAAAGCUAGUAGUUUUAAGAAGAACCAAAAGUUGUUUAUCGACCCAGCAAAACUAUUACCGUUGCAACGAUUCCUGCCCAAACCACCAGGAAGUGUACAAAAGCGAGGAGGAGGAGGACGUGGCGGCGGCGGCGGUAGAGGCGGUGGCCGAGGUGGAAGAGGAGGUUUUGGUGGCGGCCGAGGAGGCGGCGGUGGUCGUGGCGGUUUCGGAGGCGGUCGCGGUGGCGGUGGUGGACGUGGCGGCUUUGGCGGAGGUCGCGGUGGCGGCGGACGUGGAGGAUUCGGAGGUGGUGGUGGCCGAGGCGGUUUUGGCGGCGGAGGACGAGGAAAAUGGUAGAAAUGUAUGACAGAGUUUUAAAUGUGUGUAUGUAUUGUAGAACAGACGUGUUCUCAGGUUUAUUUUUAUAAGAUAAGUUUAAAAACUGUGAAGAGAAAAAUCAAAUAUAAAUGUUUAUAUUUGUUUAAAUUUAAUAUGCCUGAAUAUGUAUAUUAGUUUUACAAUGUUUUAUAGUUGAGGAUAAUUCAUGUGUUACAUUUCUGUAACUAAUGUAAAGUUAAUAAUUUUCAAUAAAAAUCUAAACAAUAA